AUGUCGCAGGCGUCAUCAGUGGCAAUACCAGGGUCUGACUCGGCGUCGAUCGCCGAAAGGAUAGCGACUGUGACUGAGACUGCGACUGCUCCUCCUUCCAUCAGCACAGCGCCUGCAACGGGGCCUACUCCAGCACCCAAGUUGCGCAGUUGUCUCGUAUGCCGCAAUCGCAAGGUCCGCUGUGAUAAGCAGCGUCCCUGCUCCAAUUGCCGCCGCGCAAAUAUUGCAUGUGUGAUGCCUUCAGCUGACCGCCCGCCAAGGUGGGCACGCCGCCUCCAUCAUCUCAAUAAUAAUGCUCGAGCGUCAAGCACGCCAGCACCGCAGGAUGCCGAUGCGGACCUUGAUAAGGUCGUGGAGAGGCUGCACAAUCUCGAGCACCUGGUCAAGGAGCUGAGCGGCCAACUAGAACAGGCUCGUACAGCAGCGACAAGCUCGGCUGGAGGGAAUUCAUCUGGAGUCAACUCUCCUGAGAGCUCGACCCAGAAUCGUGACGCAGAGAACGAGAGGGAUCGAUCACCCGCCACCGAUACCAGCAAUAUUCAUAAACAGUUUGGGCGCUUGGUGCUCCAAGAUGCUAGUCGCAGCCACUAUGUGAGCAGCGGCUUCUGGUCCCGCGUCGACGACGAGCUCGAUGGCUUGAAGAGAGAUGCCAGGGUCCCAGUGACAGACGACUCGGACAGCCCAGUGGACGAGGCAGCUCCUGAAGAGACGGAAAGCAGGCGGACACCUUGGGAACGCCAUGCAUUCUUGUUUCGACAUAAUCUGGCCCCUUCAGCUCCUAAUCUCGACGAGCUGCGCCCAUUGCCUUCGCAGGUACCGUAUCUCUUGGACAUUUUCUCGAGAAAUGUGAAUGUUUUCAUGCAGAUCGUCCAUCUCCCGACCCUCUCUAAGAUGCUCUAUGGUCCUGAGAGUGUUCGCCUCACCCACCUCACACCGUCCAAUGAAGCCUUGAUGUUCUCAAUCUAUUACGCCGCUGCGAUCUCCAUGGAGGAAGAUGAUGCGACGAGCGACCUUGGCUCUUCAAUAUCCGAGCUGAGACUCAAAUAUCGCCUCGGGCUGGAGCAUUGCCUCGCUAAGGCUGAUUUCCUGACCGUACCCAACAUGGCUCUAAUUCAGGCAUUUGUCCUCUUUAUAUGUGUCGCUCGACGACAUGACAGUCCAAGGUUUUUGUGGAUGAUGACUGGGCUGGCCAUCAGAAUGGCCCAGUAUCUCGGCCUCCAGCGAGACGGAAGCCAUUUCAAGCACCAGACUCCCUUUGAGACUGAGAUGCGGCGUCGCGUCUGGUGGACUCUGUGCAGAAUGGAUUUGAGGGCAUCGGAGGACCAAGGGACGGAUCUGUCUAUCACACACGGCAGCUUCGACACAAGGAUCCCACUGAACAUCAACGAUGGAGAUAUCGAUCCCGAGUCCACACAGACGCCCACAGAAAGGUAUGGCAUCACUGAUAUGACCUUUGCACGCAUCUCGGCUGGAGUUGUCGAUGUCAUGAGGCAGAUAGUCAUUUCUAGUGCCGGUGAGGGCGGGGCUAGUUUUGAGCACCAGAGCCAUCUUUUGAACGAGAUCUACCAAAGGUGCGAAAGGGAAUAUCUUCAGCACACGACUGAAUCCGGAAGCGUUGCCUACUGGGUUGCCGUCACCGUCGCGCGCAUGGUCAUGGCCAAGAUGACGCUCAUCGUCUGCCUCCCUGCUCUCUUCUCCACCACGAGCGAACCCAUCUCGCACGAGAUGAGAACCAAGUUACUGGUCGCGGCAAUCGAGGUCGCAGAGUACAAUCACUCGCUCAACGCCGAACAAGCCUGUAGGCACUGGCGAUGGCAUUACCAAAGCCACACCCAUUGGCCUGCCAUUGUAUAUCUCCUGAUCGAGGUUGCACGACGGCCCUGGUCGUCUACCGUUGAGAGGGCCUGGGUCGCUUUGCACAGCAAAUGGCUAAUUCCAGCGCCGGCCCUAACAGACAAGAACCUGCGCAUCUGGGUCCCGCUGCGAAGGCUGAUGAGUAAAGCUCAGAAGCAUCGCGACGCCGAGAUCCAGAGGCUACGUGCGGAUCCCCAUGCGGCUGCACUGCUGGAAAUGGAAGACUACGAGACUCCGGUGCCUGCAAGCUUUGGCACGUUCCCAGCCCAAUCCGGUGUCGAUGUCUUCCGUGAGCGAUGGCGCCAGCUUGUAGCCACCCCGCCGGAGCCUCCUGACCAGCAACACGUACCUCGCUCUUCUGACGCAAGGCUCGCUGAUCCGACAGUGCAAGCAAUCUACAACUACCCCUUGUCUGGUGGGACAAUUCCGCUAGGUCACUCGAGGGAUCCGGCGUCUGAUAUCCCCUUUGCUGCAACGCCCUUUCGCACGAAUCGACAGCAGGUCAAUGAAAUCCCGAGAAGUAUCAAUAGCAGCGACCCUGAACCGGCAAUUCGCACGAACCCUCUUCAGAGGCUGGCCUCCGAACAGGCCGUCGAGCAACCGUACAAUUCCUUCACCACAGGCGCGAAUGACUUUGCAGAUGGCCGGACCAUGGGGCUUGGAUUUGACCCCUGGCUCUGGGCGGAUGCCGAUCCAUCAGUUGAUGUCUUCUCCAACUGGGAGCUUGACUCGGUCGAUACUAAUACGGACCCCGGUGGUGAGAUGAACUGGUAUGCCUGGCUCGAAUCUGCCAAAGGGAUGGAGAGGGACGCAAGGCCUACGUUUUGA